AUGCUUAAAAUCAAUUUUGUCGGAGCCACAUUUGCCGAAGAAAAAUGCUCCGGCCUGGGAGUUAUCAUUCGAGACAGGGAAGGUCUUGUCAUAGCUUCCAUGGCUGCUCGGGUUCCUCAACAGCUCCAGCCUGUUGAGAUUGAAGCUUUGGCUGCCAACAAGGCUCUUGAGUUUGCUAGAGAGAUGGGUAUAUUAGAGGCUGUACUGGAGGGGGACUCUUCACUGGUGAUGACAACUUUGAACUCAAAAAACCCCGAGCUAGCUCCUUUUGGCUUGCUGUUACAAGAUUCUUUAAAUUUAUCUGCAGGUUUCUCUAAAUUGUCCUACUCUCACAUUAAGAGAGAGGGCAACACAAUUGCACACAACUUGGCUCAGUUAGCAGUUAAUUUUCCAAAUUGUGUAAUUUGGAUGGAAGAUGCUCCAUCUGAUGUACUGUCUUCCUACCCUGCUGGUUUAGCUGGUAUUCCUUAA